GCACAGGAAGGCAGCGGGGAGGAAAAGAGCCGGAGAUCCCCCCCCAGGAGGGGCUCCAAAGCCAUCCCAGGGUGCUCUGAGGAGGAAAGAGCCAGCCUGUGCCGGGAAGGCAGCCGGAGCUUGAGCAGGAACUCCAAGGUCGUGGUCCCAAGGCAACCUCCCACUAGAAAGAAGCCCUUCAGGUGCUUGGAAUGUGGGAAGAGCUUCAGCCAGAGGACAGACCUGAUCCGACACCAUCACAUCCACACUGGGGCACGUCCCUACACGUGUGGGGAGUGUGGAAAGAGCUUCAGUGACAACUCCACUCUGCUGCGACACCAGCGCAUCCACACUGGAGAAUAUCCACACCCUUGUGGGGAAUGUGGGAAGAGCUUCAGGGACAGUUUCACUCUGAUCCAACACCAGCGCACCCACACUGGGGAACGGCCCUACACGUGUGGGCAAUGUGGGAAGAGCUUCAGGAGCAACUCCAACUUGAUCCAACACCAGAGCAUCCACACUGGGGAACGGCCCUACAAGUGCUUGGAAUGUGAGAAGAGGUUUCGCACCAGGUCAGAUCUCCUCGUGCACAAGCAGACACACACGGAUGAGAGGCCCUUCCGCUGCAUGGACUGCGGGAAGGGAUUCAAGCGGAACUCCAACCUAGUCACCCACCGGCGCAUCCACAGCGGGGAGAGGCCCUACAAGUGUGGGGAGUGUGGGAAGAGCUUCAACCAGCGCUGUCACUUGACCUCACACCAACGGACGCACCAGGGACUGCAGGCCAUGCUGGAAAGCAGGUGUUACUGGAGGUGACCUUUUCUGCUGUAUGCAAUGAGUUAGCUUAUAAACCCCUAAGAUAAAGCACAUUAUUCUGUGGUAAAUGAUACUUGGAUGUUCUGCAGCAGCAAGGAAUUCAAUAUAUGGGUACCCAUUGAAGGCCUGAUUCCAUUUUCUCACUACACAGUGCAAGUGAAUGCAUCCAACAGCCAGGGCAGCUUGAUAAGUGAUGCUGUAACAAUUGUCAGGCCUCCAGGAGGUGAGUAGGA